AAACAAAAAACAAAAAUAAACAUAACCUUACUUCUUCUAAUCUAACCUCAAUCAAAGUAGUUUAUAAAUAAACAGUUUUAAUAAUAAAUGGGUGUGAUCGUUGAUAAGUCUGGACCAAAUAUUUAUUGACAUUCAAAGUGAUUUUUUUCUUUUUGUGUGAGUUUUAAGUUUCAAACGAAAAAUGGAUUCAUCAGAUGAAGAUAUACCUUCUUUGAUUCCGGCUGAAUUCAAACCUGUUCCAGUUACUAUUAUUACUGGAUAUCUAGGAGCGGGGAAAACUACCCUUUUAAAUUACAUCCUUAAAGAACAACACAACAAAAAAAUAGCUGUCAUUCUGAAUGAAUUUGGUGAAGGAAGCGCUCUUGAAAAAAGCGUGUCCAUAACGCAAGAAGGAGAGCUAUUUGAAGAAUGGCUGGAAUUGAGAAACGGUUGUCUUUGCUGUUCAGUCAAGGACAACGGAGUCAAAGCCAUUGAAAAUCUUAUGGCAAAGCGAGGAAAGUUUGACUACAUUCUACUAGAGACAACAGGAUUGGCUGAUCCCGGCCCAAUAGCGACCAUGUUUUGGCUGGAUCAAGACCUUGGAAGUGACCUAUACCUUGAUGGAAUCAUCACAGUGAUCGACUGUAAAAACGGCUUAUCGCAACUGAAGGAAAAGCUGAAAGAAGAUAGUGACAACAAAAUAAAUGCUGCUAUCAGGCAAGUGGCUCUUGCAGAUUUCGUCAUUCUGAACAAAACCGAUUUGGUAAAAAAAGAACAAAAGAGUGAGCUCAUAUCCGCAAUAAGGUCUAUCAACGCCGGCAGUCCAUUGUUGGAAACUGUCAAAUGCACAGUUUCACUAGACGACAUUUUGGACCUGAACGCUUACUCAGGAAAUAGACAAGACAGGAUAACUUCCAUAGUUGAAGAAGUGAAGAGGAACGAAAACUCGUCACAUUUAGACCAGGACGUUGGAACAGUUACUUUGGAGCUGGAGAAGGGUGUUUCCAGAAAGUGCUUGGAACUGUUCCUCCAGAGAUUACUGUGGGAGAAAACCGUUGUUGACAAAAAAGGAAAUCCGUCCACGAUAAUUCGGUUUAAGGCGCUGUGUAGGCUAUCAGAUGAGCCCCGCCCCGUGCUAGUCCAGGCAGUGUAUGAUAUGUACGAUUGUCAAUCAGUGGAUUCUGAGGACCAAGUCGGCUGUCGCUUCAUCUUUAUAGGUACGCAUUUAGAUAAAGAAAGCCUGCACAAACUACUCCUUGAAUGCAUCGAGGACUCGGAUAUUUAGCUAAGCCUGUUCAGGCGUAUUUGUAAAUACUUUCAAAUAAAAAAGACCGUGUUAUAUUUUA